AUGUCCUCCAUGUUUCCCAUAGUCGAGGAGUCGUACCGUGUUAAAAUCACGGACGACAUGGAGCGUGACUUGCGCUUUUUGGGGCAGUCACGUCUAGAUGCAUUGACGUCGCCUUUUGCUAUGAAGCUGUUCAAGGAAAAGAGCGGACUUCAGCUCUACGAGUUGUGCGAAAAGGAAUUCUAUACAAUGAAGGCAGUGACCACAGUGAACGCACCACUUCAGGAAGUUAUGCACAUGCUUAGGAUGGACACUACUGCUCAACUGCGCGAAACAAUGAAGGAGAUUUUUGGUACGCUCUUUCUUGACGGUGUCGUGCUAUACAACAAGCCAAAUUUAACUACCCGGUCAAAUGAAAGCAUGUCGGUGAGCUGGGCAGCGCUACAAGCGUCCAAGCCCAACCUUCCACAUCGUGACUAUGUGUUUUUGCGAUACGGCGACAUUUUUGAAAGGUGCCUAGAGCAUGGCAAUAUGUAUCAGGAUAAUGGGUCAGGUUUGUACAUUGGUGCCUCCAUCUGGGAGUCCAUUAAACUCGAUGGCUGCGAGCCCUUGCCACCUUCACAGAACGUGGUGAGACUGCGUCUGCGUCGUUCGGGUUUUGUUGUGGAGGAAACUGGACAGAAAGGCGCGCUAAGAAUCUCCAUGUUCUUGUCUGAGAGCCAUCCGGGUCGCGAUGCAGUGUCCUCACUUACACGCUCAUGGAUGAUGAAGGUUGUGAGCUGUGUUGUGCAGACAUCAAACGUCCUAUUGACUCGUGCGCUGGGUUCGAAGAACCUGCUUACAAAAGGCGAGUUCCAAAAGAACGGACGGAACUGCUACAUGUGUCUAAAGGCAUUCACCGUAUUUCAUCGCAAACACCACUGCCGAGUGUGCGGUGAUGUUGUAUGCAGUGGCUGCUCGGAUAUGAAGACGCUGCACCAGCUCAGUGGGAACAAAGAAGUGCGUCUGUGCAGUAAUUGCUGCAUUACCAGCACUACGUCUGUUUUGCCCUCACACAGCGGCUCCGAUUCCAUGUGUUUGUCACAAAGUAAUAGCAGUUGUCAAAGCUUGCUGAGCAUCUCAAACUCGUUCAACGGCUGCAAUUUGGCAUCAAGCAAUGUUGCUAUCUCUGGUAGCGUAACGAACGUGUUGGAUUCAUCAAACGAGACUGCUUGCUUAAAGACACACUCAUUGGAGCAUGACGGAUCUUUUGACGGUCAACGCUCUACUGACAGUCCAGUGCUGAACUCGACCAAUGAGUUUAACCAAGAUGGCAACAAUUCGCCCGUCGAGGAAGAGUUUAACACGAUAUCUGAGUUUUCUGAUAUCAGUGAAUUCCAUUGGACUGAAGAAGUACCCGGACCGAGUGUUGAUCUUGCUCAAAUUAUGACAGAGCUCACAGUGCGUGCAAACACGCCUUUCAGCUACGCCUUGCAAUACAGCAGCCGACAAAAGUGGCCAAAGGCUCCGAUUCCAUUGAAUGAAGCAGCUCGACUUAAAAAGGUGCGUGAGCUGCAGUUGGCUGAUCCGGGCAAGCAAUUCCAGGAGAUGUGUGAGUACUCUACCGCUGAGUUGGGUUGCCAAAUUGCAACAAUCAGCUUUAUAGGGGACAAGAGCGGAUUCCUUAUGGCCAAAGUUGGGUUGGAAAAGCGUGAGCUACCGCGCAACGUGCUGAUGGACGCCCAUGCUAUCAUGUCAACAGAGCCCACCGUAAUUCUAGACGCCACCGAGGACCUGCGUUUUGUAAACAACCCCUUCGUGACUAACGGUCGUGUGCGUUUUUUUGCGGGAUUCCCCAUGGUCACGUCGGACGGCUAUGUCGUAGGUUCCUUUAAUGUGGCUGAUCCGUUUGCACGUGAGCUGUUGUCCGGAGACAAGUUCCUGUUUCUGCGUAACCUAGCAGAUGUAAUUAUCCGUAGCAUUGAGCAGAACACACUCAUGAGCAUAGCAGUACAGAGGAAUGGUGGCAACGUACACCACAUUAAGUCUUGUGUCCAUGCUCCAGCACCACCAGGGUCACAUAUUGCUGAUAAAGAGCUCACGAUGCAGGAGUUAAUGUGCACUGCUUACACGACAGAGUGUCAAGUCCGUAUGCAAGAAUGA